AUGUCGACAUACGCGUUUUCCAUAAUAACGUGUGACCGCGGAGAACAGUGGGAUUCGCCAACGAAGAUGAAGCCGUAUCACUGGGUUUUUUGGAUCCAGAGUAGCACCACUCCAAAUGUUGGUCAUACGUUUCAGCUUCGUGGGAUGCCUGGGACAUUCUAUCACUCUGCCGAAGAGGCCGUGGACCUCUCAAAGUUGGACGGUGCGAACGGACGACUUGAAGUGGGAUCUAUUCCGCUGCAGAAAUAUGAACUCUACAAGCAACUCUUGCAAGAGGUAACGAUAGACAAUGUUGAGUCUUCAGGUUGGAAUUGCCAGAAUUGGAGCCUCGCAGCCUUGGAUAACCGAGAACAAGACCUAGUUGCUGACGAUUACUCCAAUAAUGUGAUCCGGCACUGGCUCAGCGAGGAUCAGUAG